AUGAGCGUGAGGUGUUUCCAUCCCGCGGUGGAUGCUGAGGAGUACCUGGCAGAAGGGCUGCAGAACGAGAACCUGAGUGCUGAAGCCAGGGAGCAGAGGGAUGCCAUUCUUCUGGGCAUCCAGAGAGUCAAAGCCAGGUACCACUUGGCUUUUGCACCCCGAGGGGAGGAUCAACAUGAGCCUGGCUUUGGACAGGACAGUUCUGAUGAAAAUCAGAGCUGCAGUUUGGCCCCUUCCAUGACAUCCCUCCCGUCAGACCUGCAGGAGGAUGGGCUGGAGGAGAACCCCCCAAAGCCCAUCCUGGAUACAGGGAACAUCCUGAAACAGGGAUACCUGGAGAAGAGAUCCCGAGAUCACAGCUUUUUUGGGGCAGAGUGGCACAAGAGGUGGUGUGUCCUCAACAGAAAGACCUUCUACUACUAUGCCAACGAGAAAAGCAAGCAACCAAGAGGCACCUUCUCCAUCGAGCACUACAGUGCCCGGCUGGUCUCCCACCUCCGCAAAGAUUCCCGGAAAAAAUGCUGUUUUGAGUUAACCUGCCCUGGCAAACGCACCUACGAGUUCACAGCCCCAAGCCCAGCAGAGGCUGAAGACUGGGUGGACCAGAUCCAGUUCCUCCUCAAGGACCUGAGCUCCCUGACCAUCCCGUACGAGGAGGAGGAGGAGGAGGAGGAAGAGCUCUACAACGACGUGGACAGCUCUGACUCCAUGAACACCUCCCACAACACCACCCUGACCCAGGAGGAGCCCAACCUGGAGCUGGAAGGGGAGGACAUCUACGAGGUCCUGCCAGGAGAUCCCAAACGAGAUUACUCCAAUUAUUACCAGGGCCUUUGGGAUUGCAGGGGGGACCACCCCGACGAGCUCUCCUUCCACCGGGGGGACCUCAUCUACAUCCUCAGCAAGGAAUACGACGUGUACGGCUGGUGGGUGGGAGAGCUCAACGACGAGGUCGGGAUCGUGCCCAGGGAUUACCUGGAAGCCGCCUACGAGCUGGAGGAGCGGUGA